UUCACGCCCCACAAUUACCACCAAAUCCUGAAUUUGGUAUCUAUAAUAAUAAUAGAAAUAGUUUUACACAUAUACCCGCUAUUCAGCCAAAAUUUCAACCUUAUCUCCCAACCAUAGUGAUGAAACCUGUAUUUUAGAUGAGAUUAACAAUGAAAGUGGUUAUCAUAUAUUUUUUUGUACAUUUUGUAUAUAGUGAGCCCUUUUUGUAUAUUUCCUAUAUAUUUUAUAGACAUUCUUUUAUGUGUAUUUCUGAAACGUUCCUUUUUUAUAGGCUACUUAAAAUAGAAAGUUCAUUUAGUCAGAAGAAAUACUCACCUGGUAUUACCCGCCGUGUAUAUUUGUUUGGUAAAGAUUUAUUUUUUUAGUAUAGAUUUUUGUGUAAAGAAAUUUUAGUAAAAUAUAUAUACGCAUGAAUCAUUGUCUAGCAACAUUACUUAUUUUAAUAGUAAGUAUAAAUCAUAAUAAAACAAUCAUGCG